GUAUAGACAAAUGUCGUGUGCAGCACGCGCUGGAACACGUUUUUUUACGUUUUACUGUGUUAUAAUAACCAUCUUAGUGUCUCUUAACUAAGCAACGUUGCAUACAGUCCAUGUCUUCUUGAGGCAAAAUGACAGUAUCCGUAAGAGGUUUCGGAUUCCUGUUGAGGCAUCACAGUCUGGCUCGCAUCCGGUUUGAAAAUCAGCACUUGCAUGUUAGGAGAUAUUUCGCAAAUGAUUCGAAGGCAUAUGAUUUGGUUGUGAUUGGAGGAGGGUCUGGAGGACUCGCUUGUGCAAAAGAAGCUCGAGGGGAAGGUCUAAAAGUAGCUGUACUUGACUAUGUCGACCCAUCUCCAAGAGGCACGAGAUGGGGGCUCGGUGGAACAUGUGUCAAUGUGGGCUGCAUACCCAAGAAACUGUACCAUCAUGCUGCUCUGCUGGGGGAGCACCUCAAGGAUGCCCGCAGCUACGGUUGGCAGUUCUCUAAAGAUGUGGGGCACGACUGGCAAGCAUUACAGGAGGCGGUCAAGGGCCACGUUCGCUCGCUCAACUGGGGACACAGGGUGAAGUUGAAGCAGAAGGACGUGGACUACUACAAUGCGAAAGGCACAUUCAUUGAUGCUCACACAUUAUUCGCAAAAGAUGCUAAGGGAGAGGAGAUCUGUCUGUCGUCAAAGAAUUUCGUGAUUGCCGUCGGGGGCAGACCAAUUCUUCCGAGCGACGUUCCAGGGGCACAGGAACAUGCCAUCACCAGUGACGACAUCUUCUUCCUCGAAAAGUCUCCUGGAAAAACUCUUAUCGUUGGAGGAAGUUAUGUCGCCCUUGAAUGUGCAGGGUUCUUGCGGGGCCUCGGCCUCGACACCACUGUGAUGGUCCGUUCCAUAUGUCUGCGCGGGUUUGACCAGCAAAUGUCCAGAUUAGUCACAGACCACAUGGAGUCCGAAGGCACGCAUUUUUUAUGGAAAUGCCUCCCUAAAGGUAUAGAGAAACUGCCAGACUCAAGGCUUAAGGUUUCUUGGGAAAACGAAAGUGGGCAGAAAAGCAGCGAUGUCUUCGACACUGUCAUGUUUGCCAUAGGCAGAAGAGCUUAUACUGCACAUUUAAACUUGACCAGUGCUGGUGUCGAAAUUAACCCCAAGAACGACAAGGUCAUCACCAAAGUAGGCGAGCAAAGUACUGCAAACAACAUCUACGCUAUUGGUGAUGUGAUUGACGGAGGGCUCGAAUUAACCCCCGUGGCAAUAAAGGCAGGCGUGCUACUAGCAAAGCGUCUUGCGGGGGUGUCAAACAAGUUGAUGGAUUACACCAAGGUACCAACAACUGUGUUCACACCAUUGGAGUACGGCUGCGUUGGCAAAUCCGAAGAGGCUGCUGUCGCGGAGUGCGGAGAAGACAAUUUAGAGGUUUUGCACGCAUUUUAUAAGCCGCUGCAAUAUACGGUAGCUGAAAGAGAUUCGUCACAGUGCUAUAUGAAGGCCAUUGCAUCACGAUCUGAGCCGCGUCAUAUCCUCGGGGUCCACAUGACAGGUCCUAAUGCGGGAGAGGUGAUUCAGGGCUUUGCUGCUGCAAUGAAGUGCGGCAUGACCCAAGAGCUCCUGCAGGAGACCGUGGGCAUUCACCCGACAGUGGCUGAAGAAGUUGUGAAGUUGAACAUCACUAAGCGAUCAGGAGCAGAUGCUACGGUUACGGGUUGCUGAGGUUAAAGGGAAUAUCUGUCCCAUAAGAUGCUGUUCUUUAAGGUCCAGCAUGGCGAACAGAUGUUCCAGAGUAACCGUCUCCAUAAACCGUGCCAGGAACAGGCUUGCAGGAUGAAGUUUAGCCCCGAAAGUUGUCACAACUGGUGCUUAACUGAUGUGGCAGUCUGUUUCUGUAAUCAUAUUGUGUGAUGGAGCCAUUGGUGCGAUAGGUCUUGGGUCGGGUGCACUUUAAUGAAUGAUGCAGGAUUACAUGAAUUGAAAUGUAUUUAUAUAAAUGCUGUAUUAUUGCAGUCAUGAUUUCUAAAGUUUCAAUUUCAUUUAUGUGGUCCUGUUGUAUUAUUUACAUGUGUAGAUGAGCGAAGGUAAUCAAUAUAGCCGAGCAGUCUUGCUGUUUGGGCUAGAUUUUCCAUGCUGUGGGGUGGAUAUUCCAGAACAUGGUGCGCAGGUAUACAGUAGGUAUACUUUCCUAUGUAGCCGGUCAUUGGACAGUAUUUUUGUUGUAGCAUUGUUGUGCAAAUUGUAGCUUACCAUAUAGAAUUACGGUAAUUAUGUGAUGAUUAACUUAACUGACAGUGGCAUUCUAUGUACAUUGUGAAAUAAAUGAGCGAAUUAACAUG